AUGUCUCAAGCCUCAUCGAGUUUUACGGACUCUGAUAGUCAAGAGAAUGUGGCAGUGAGUUUGGAUUACAUUCCAACAAAGGAGGAAAAAAGGGUCUUUAGAGAAUGUAACCAAGAGAGUUUCUGGUACCGAUCCGUCCCAAUAUCAGUCAUAAGCAUGGCUGUCACUCAAGCCCUCAUCACUAGAGGAGCCCUCACAUCAUCCACCGGGUUCGGAUCCCUUCCCAAAGUAGCAUUUGCUGGUGUAUGUGGAUACUUAGGGGGUAAGAUUUCCUACAUGAAGACAUGUCAGGAGAAGUUUAAAAAUCUUUCAUAUUCCCCUCUUGGAGAAGCCCUUAGACAAAGGCAGCGUCAUGUUCCAUUGCAGUUUCCCCAGGACCAGUCUGAAUUUGUAGACCCCAAUAAGUCUACGUCUGAACCAAUGUUCCAGACAGAACGUCCAUUUACAUCCCAGAAGGCUUCCUAUCUGUAUAAGGAGGAUCCCAAGAGACAGGGUGUCCGUUAUGAGGAGCUACGCAGCAGAAACCGAGAGAACUAUGAGAUUACAUUGACACAGAAGACUGAUGCUCUCCUCAAGUCCUCCUCAAGUCACAAGUCAAGUAAGAAAUACCUGUAUGGAGACGUUUGGGAAGAGUAA